CUUCGAAAAAAAGCAAAGAUGUCGCCAAUCUGAGUUUUAACAGCGUAAACAGCAACAAAAUAAAAUAAAUAUAGAUUUUAAAACAUUUAUUAAACAAUCAAUCACGAAAUUAAUGUGCCAUUCUAAAUCUAAGAAAAUGAUACUUUCUGUGUAAUAUAUCAGUGAUAACACGCACAAUGAGAUAUGAAUAAGAUCAAACUAUGUUUAAACAACAAUUAGCUCCACGGACAGUCCAUCCUUACCAAACAACGGUUGUCUCUAGGAGUGAACAUCAGUAUACUUCUGCAAAUCAACAAAGAGCUAAGUAUCCAUGGGCGGACGAUAUUAAUACUUAUCAUGUUCCUGGGACUGAAAGUUCUACUUCUGAAAAUGCUUACCAGGCACCACAGUAUUACAAUGGAACAGUUUAUGAUCAUGGACCGUCUUCUCCCGUAUAUCAAAUGCCGUAUGCGACAGGAACAUGGCAUACCUACAAGAAAGGUGAAAAAGUCACAACUAAACCAUUGCCAUCAAAUAUGUAUGCCUUCCCGCAGUGUGCAUCGUCUUUCUCAUUACCCAUAUGUGAAGUCAAUAACAGUAACACAUUAAGACGGUCACCAGCACCUCCACUGCCGUCCGUUAGCCCCGAGGUACCUAUUAUUGGGGCUUGUGGAGGACACUGUCCAGGCUUUGAAUAUGUGUGCUAUUACAUAUUACAGGUGAUAUUUGUAGUAGGUAUCCUAACAGGAAUAUCUUUAAGUAUUGCUGGAAUUGUAUUAAGAAGAACUAACAGGAAUGGUGAUUUAGGAGUUUUAGUUUAUAUUGGUUGUCUUAUGUCCUGUGUGUGUGGUGUAUUACUGGGGGUCCAGUGUUGUGUUCGUAGUGAAAUUAAACAAAGAAAAUUAAGAGCCAACACUAAUAUUCCAAUGCACACUAUGCAGGAAGCACCUAUGCAAGCUUGCCCACUACUUACAUUACCUCAUGGCCAAAUUUACAGGCCAACCACUGCCAACGUUAGUCCGGACGAGGACGAGACCGGAGUGCCGUGGUGGCGGCGCGCUCGAGACUGAUUAGCUGUAAGGACUUUACUACAUAUAUUUCUCUACCUAUUUUACACAAUAUAAUAAUGAAUUUUGCAAA